CUGCCCUGGAUGGUACAGGGACGUGUUUUGGAAGGGGGCUCGGGCAGCAGCGACCCACCAGCAUCACCGCCACUGAGCCUGACGUAAAUAACAAGUGCAGGAGGUCUCUGUGAGCCGAGCACAGAAAUGUGCACGAGUCCUCUGGGCUGCGCUCCUGCUCCUUAAAGCGACAUUUUUAUUUCGGACCUGAUGGAGCUACCCCCGUUUUGUUUGUAAACACCCGACCUCCGCUGAGCAGAAUCCAUGUGUUGAAUUUUUUGUGUUGUUGAUUUUUCUGAGAUCGGACGAGCGGGGUGCAGGGAUUGUUGGGUGUGUUCUUCUUUCUUUUGUCACGCCAAACUUCUACCCAUGGCACUGGUGAUGGAGCCUGUGAGCAAGUGGAGCUCCAGUCAAGUGGUGGACUGGAUGAAAGGCCUGGAUGACUGCCUGCAGCAGUACAUCAAGACCUUUGAGAAGGAGAAAGUAGGAGGGGACCAGCUGCUGCGAAUCACCCACCAGGAGCUGGAGGAUCUGGGGGUGUCCCGGAUCGGCCACCAGGAGCUCGUACUGGAAGCUGUGGACUUGCUCUGUGCACUGAAUUAUGGCCUGGAGACUGAGAAUCUGAAGACACUCUCUCAUAAGCUUAAUGCAUCUGCCAAGAACCUGCAGAACUUCAUCACAGGCAGGCGACGCAGCGGCCACUACGAUGGCCGAGCCACCCACAAGCUUCCCAAUGACUUCCUUACCUCCGUGGUGGACCUGAUCGCUGCGGCCAAAAGCCUUCUGGCGUGGCUGGACAGAUCUCCGUUCGCUGCCGUGGCGGAUUACUCCCUGACCAGGAACAAUGUGAUCCAGCUGUGUCUGGAGCUCACCACAAUCGUACAACAGGACUGCUCUGUGUACGAAACAGAAAACAAAAUCCUGCAUGUGUGUAAAACUCUGUCUGAAGUGUGCGACCACAUUAUCUCUCUGUCCUCGGAUCCCAUGGUGUCCCAAGCUGCACAUCUGGAGGUGGUGCAGCUACCCAACAUAAAAUCCACAGAAGGGCUGGGCAUGUACAUCAAAUCAACAUAUGACGGUUUGCACGUUAUCACCGGGACGACAGAAGGAUCCCUGGCUGACCGCUGUAAGAAAAUCCAUGCCGGUGAUGAAGUCAUUCAGGUUAAUCAUCAGACAGUGGUGGGCUGGCAGUUGAAGAACCUAGUGAACUCGUUGCGCGGGGACCCUGCAGGUGUGACCCUGACGCUGAAGAAACGCCCACAGAGCACGCUCACCUCCACCCCGGCUCUGCUCAAAAACAUGAGAUGGAAACCGCUGGCUCUGCAGCCAAUCUUCCCCCAGAGUCCAAGCAGCAGCGUCGCCACGCCCACCAGCACUUUAAGCACGCCAUCCAGGAGGAGUAGCUGUGCCCUGCAGGAGCUCUUCAUACCCCCGCCUCCUGCCGAGCCGUACACCCCUAGAGACGACAAGGGAAAUCUGGCAGGCGACGAUCCUCAAUCGGACGACCACGUCGCGGAAGGAUCUGAUUCACCAAACUCCUACCUGGACCAGGAGUGUCGCCGGCGGUUCCCUCUGGUGGAGGAGGACGCUAUACUGUACUGUUACGAGUAUGACCAGAACCCAGAGGUGUCAUCAGUCCGCAGGGGGAGCACUCCCACCUAUGGCAGGCUCAGGCCCAUCUCAAUGCCAGUGGAAUACAACUGGGUGGGAGACAACGAAGACCCGGCCAAGCUGAAGAGAGAGAGCCGGAGAGAAAAUUCCUUGCUGCGUUUCGCAAGCGAAGAUAAAACGCAGGCCCAGGACUUCCUGCUGGGACGCAGCCUGAGUCAGAACAGGAGGAAGACGGAGAGACGAGGCAGCCCCACCCAUUACACGCUCAUCCCCGCCCUUCAGAUGGAAGUGUCCCUGUCCACGUCCAGCUCAGACUCUGCGUCCCUCUACCAUGUAUUUGAGCGGUCCUCACUGCUGUCGAGGUCAAAGAAGAAGAGUAAAGUUGAAAGCCCCAUGUCCUCAAUCAGCAAGCGACGGAUUUCCUGCAGGGACUUGGGUCAGGGCGACUGCGAGGGCUGGCUGUGGAAAAAGAAGGAUGCCAAAACAUAUUUUUCACAGAAGUGGAAGAAGUACUGGUUCAUCCUGAAAGACACAUGCCUGUACUGGUACAUGAAUGAGGAGGAUGAGAAGGCAGAGGGCUUCGUCAGCCUCUCGGAGUUUAACAUCGACCGGGCCACUGAGUGCAGGAGGAAGUUCGCUUUCAAGGCUUGCCACCCGAAGAUAAAAACCUUCUACUUCGCGGCGGAAAAUGUAGACGACAUGUCCCGGUGGCUGAGCCGUCUCAGUAUGGCGGUGGCAGGCUACUCCGAGCAGGAGAAAAUUCACCAGGACCAAGAUUACUGGAGUGAGAGUGAUCACGAGGACAUGGAAAUGCCCUCGAUGCCUAAACAGGACAGUCCGCCACCACCUUAUGACACCUUUCCUAGAGCUUCCUCAGUGAGUCCGUACCUGGAACCGAAACGAGGCCAUUUCUCCUCCUCGGACACGUUCCAUUCCCGCUCUUCCCAUGAAGAGUUCCACUCUGAGUCUCGCGAAGGCAGCAUCAGCAACAGCGUCUCCCCCGGGCAGAAGACGAGCGGCCAUCGAAACUCGUGGCAUGACCAGAUGGAGAGCAGCACCAGGAUGCACUACCUCCAGACGUUCCCCGUGGAGGAAUCCCUGCAGUCUGAUGACAGGGAACACCUGGCGGUUGAGUACCGCAGGCAGUCCACCCUGCCGGCGCCACGCAGCCUGCUGCAGGAACAAUACAGAGCCCUGCCUCUGCCCCCCAGGUCCAGCAUCGAUUCAGACGCGGGUGGAAAACCUCGAAGUUUCACGCUACCAAGGGACAGCGGGCUGCACGCCAUCCUGGCCGCCACUGCAGCUGCGUCGGAUCCCAGAGAGUCCCAGCACUACCACCGGGUCAGGGACACAGGUCGUGGACGGGACUGCAGGAUGCAGGCAGACUCUCUGGGGGACUUGUAUCGGGCUCUGGAGCAGACGAGUCUGUCCACCUCGGCUGAUCACAGAUCAGCCAGCCGCCUGGAGUACAAGCGCUCAUUUGUCCGCCGAGUUAAUGACCCCCUGCUAAAUGACAAGCUUCAUCGCCUCCGCAUCCUCAACAGCUCACUGAAGAAUAUCCCUCUUCAAGACACAAACCGGUCCUUGGGUUAUUUAGGGUAACCUGUCAGGAUCAUUAUGUUGAUAAAACCUUGACCGUAUCGCCUCUGCCUGUGCCUCACACAGCCAGCAUUCGUUCGCUGGAGAUAAAAAGGCACCAAAAAAUCGUUUUCCCUGCUUGACCUGUCCAUCUGUUUUUCUUGUACUGCUCCCUGAACCCCACUUACUGCGCAGGAGCCCCGCCUGACCUCACCGUUUUGAAGAUGAGGGCAGGCACAGAAAGGCAAAAAGAGAUGUCUCAACAGAAUGAACUUGUGGACUCAUCAGGGUUUCUGACUGGCAUUUAUGCACUUUGUGUCCUCGUCAAAGAUUUCCCGGAGAGUUUUGUAAAUCACCGCUCAUAUGCAUGGCCACCUCCCGUCACUGCAACAACAUGCAGGGGAGUCGUGUACAGCUGCUCUGAAAAGCUUUGACGAUAACAGGAUUUGGUAACAAAGCUAUUUUGGAUGUGCACAAAAUGUUGUUAUGCAUGUGUGUAUGAAUAUUGGAUAUAACAUUACUACAGCAACAGUGACUUGGGGUACUUACAGUAUUCAAAUAGUAAAACAAGUUCUGUGCCUCAGUGAUUGUGAAUGUACAUUGUACUUCUCCAUGAAAGACAAGGGAUGACGUAGAAAGGAAGCUCUUCCUCCGAACAAGGGCACAAAAAUAAAACAAUAGGCAAUAAUGAAGUAAUCUUGUAAAUUACAAAGGAAUGAUGAGAAUAAUCGUCUAUUUUUGUAUGCAUGCCGUCUACCUGAUUGUUUGUAAAACGGUUUUGUAUUUCUCAGUGAGUCCACCCCUCUACCGCAUUGUGUAUUGAAACCUAUUUUCCAAUUUGACCCCAGAGAGGUUCUUUUUUUGAAGUGUUCACCACAGUAAGAGAAAGAACUGUAUUUAUUGAGUGUUUAAUGUACAAGCAUGCUUUGCAUACCUAAAACACAUUACCAUGCCAUUUGAAAUUGACUGACAUUCCUCAAGUGUGCCACAUUGUAGAUACGUUUCUCUUUUUUUUAAUUAAAUAAAGUAUGACACGGGCACACAUAAGACACACUGUUACAUGUUUCA